AUGGAAGACUGUACAACUGAGCUGAGUCUGAUGGAGGGUAAGAGAUCAGACUCACCUGAACCCAGCUGUAUUUCUGUGAGGAGUGAUUGGUCUAAGGAACAACCAUUUAACUUUAGAGAUGAGGACUGUUCUACUGAUCUGAGUCUGAUGGAGGGUAAGAGAUCAGACUCACCUGAACCCAGCUGUAUUUCUGUAAAGAGUGAUUGGUCUAUGGAACAACCCUUUCACUUCAGAGAUGAGGACUGUUUCACUGAUCUGAGAACUCAAAAGAAGAAAUUAAAAAUCACAAGCCGAGAUAAACUGGAGUCCAUGUUCAAGGAGCUGGAACACAAAAUCAUCACUCUGUUAAAAAAUGAGUUAAACAGGUUUAAAAAGCUCCUGAGUUCAGAUUACCCAGCAUGCUCUGACAAGGAGCUGGAGAGUGGAAAUCCUUUAAGUAUCAGAGAUUCAGCAGUGAAGAUCACACUGCACGUCCUGAAGAACAUGAACCAGACAGAUCUUACUUACUCACUACAGAAAAAGCUGAUUGCCUCUGCGCUUCAGGAAAAACUCAAAUCCAACCUUAUAAGGAAAUUAAAAAAUUUUAAUGAAGGAAUCUCCCAGCAUGGAAGCUCAGUACUUUUGAAUGAGAUCUUCACAGAGCUCUACAUCACAGAGGGUUGGAAUGGAGACGUCAAUAAUGAACAUGAGGUCAGACAGAUUGAAGCAGCAUCCAGGAGACCAGCAGCACAGGAGAAACCCAUCAAAUGCAACAACCUCUUUAAAGACACGUCCACCAGAACUGUGCUGACUAAAGGAAUCGCUGGAAUUGGAAAAACAGUCUCAGUGCAGAAGUUCAUUCUGGACUGGGCUGAAGGAAAAGCAAAUCAGGACGUCAUUUUCAUAUUUCCACUUUCUUUUAGAGAGCUGAACUUAAUGAAGCAUGAAAAACUCAGUCUAAUGGAACUUCUUCAGCAGUUUUUCUUAGAAGUGAAAGGUCUGCCAUCAUUAGAUUGUGAUGCUUAUAAAGUUUUGUUCAUCUUUGAUGGUCUGGAUGAGUGUCGACUUCCUCUAGAUUUUCAAAAUAAUGAGCGAUUGUGUAACGUAACAAAGUCAGUAAAAAUGGAUGUGCUGCUGACAAACCUCAUCAAGGGGAACCUGCUUCCCUCUGCUCACCUCUGGAUCACCACUCGACCAGGAGCAGCCAAUCAGAUCCCUCCUGAGUGUGUAGACCAGGUAACAGAGGUACGAGGGUUCAGUGACCCUCAGAAAGAGGAGUACUUUAGGAAGAGGAUCAGCGAUGAGAACCUGGCUAGUAAAAUCAUCACUCACAUAAAGUCAUCAAGAAGCCUCUACAUCAUGUGUCACAUUCCAGUGUUCUGCUGGAUCUCAGCCUCUGUUCUAGAGAGAAUUCUGGAUGGAGCCGAGGGAAAAGAGAUCCCCAAAACUCUGACUCAAAUGUCCACUUACUUUCUGAUCUUUCAGAUAAAACACAAAGAACAAAAGUACCAUGGGAAAUCUGACCCUGAUCCACACCAGACCAGAGAGACGAUACUGGCACUGGGAAAAUUGGCCUUCCAACAGCUGGAGAAAGGAAACCUGAUCUUCUAUGAAGAAGACCUUAGAGAAUGUGGCAUUGAUGUAAAUAACACAUCAGUGUACUCAGGAGUCUGCACCCAAGUCUUCAAAAAAGAGGCUGGACUGUACCUGGGUCAGGUCUUUAGCUUUGUGCACCUGAGUGUUCAGGAGUUUCUGGCUGCUUUAUAUGUAUUUCUUACCUUCAUCAACAGCAACAGAAAUGUGCUGGUGAUGCAAAAGACUGGAUUCUUUAACAUCUUUAAAAACUAUACAAACAUGUCUGACUUCCUGAAGAGUGCAGUGAACAAGGCCUUACAGAGUAAGAAUGGACACCUGGAUCUUUUCCUCCGCUUUCUCCUGGGUCUCUCACUGGAGUCCAAUCAGGCUCUCUUACAAGGCCUACUGCCACAAACAGGAAGUAGCUCUUACAACAAAGAGGAAACAGUCAGGUACAUCAAGGAGAAGAUCAGUGAGAAUCCCUCUCCAGAGAAAUCCAUCAAUCUGUUCCACUGUUUGAAUGAACUGAACGAUGAUUCUCUAGUGCAGGAAGUCCAAAAAUACCUGAACAGAGAAGCUUAUGUUAAUCACGAUAAACUCUGUCUGUCUCCUGCUCAGUGGUCAACUCUGGUGUUUGUGUUGCUGAACUCAGAUCAGGAGCUGGAUGUGUUUUAUUUGAGGAAAUAUUACCCAUCACAUGAAGGUCUUCUGAAGCUCCUGCCAGUGGUGAAAGCUCCUAGAAAAGCGGUGUUGUGGUGGUGUGAUCUAACAGAGGAAAGUUGUGAAGUUCUGUCCUCAGUUCUCAGUUUAAACUCCUCCAGUCUGAAACAUCUGAACCUGAGUUACAAUAAACUGAAGGAUUCAGGAGUGAAGCUGCUCUCUGCUGGACUGGAGAAUCCACACUGUAAACUGGAGAUACUGGAGUUGGAUGGUUGUAAUCUAACAGAGGAAAGUUGUGAAGUUCUGUCCUCAGUUCUCAGUUUAAACUCCUCCAGUCUGAAACAUCUGAACCUGGAUAACAAUAAACUGAAGGAUUCAGGAGUGAAGCUGCUCUCUGCUGGACUGAAGAAUCCACACUGUAAACUGGAGAUACUGGAGUUGUGGAGUUGUAAUCUAACAGAGGAAAGUUGUGAAGUUCUGUUCUCAGUUCUCAGUUUAAACUCCUCCAGUCUGAAACAUCUGAACCUGAGUAACAAUAAACUGAAGGAUUCAGGAGUGAAGCUGCUCUCUGCUGGACUAAAGAAUCCACACUGUAAACUGGAGAUACUGUGGUUGUGGAGCUGCAGUAUUACAGAUGAAGGUUUUACUGCUCUGGCUUCAGCUCUAAAAUCAAAUCCAUCAUCACGUCUGAGAGAACUGCAACUGAACGACAAUGAUCCAGGAGAAUCAGGAGUAAAACUGCUCAAGGAUUUACAGGAGGAUCCACAAUGUAACCUUAAUGAACUAUACUUGAUGUUCUAAUACACAUUGAAUUAUGAGAGGAAGAGCAGUGAAGAUAAACCCCAUCUACUCUACACACUGAGAUUAUACAUGGUGACACUUUGUUUAGCUUCUUACUGCUCAAAUCUGUAAACAUGCUGUCUGUAUAACUGUGUGCAUGACAUCACUUCCUGUACAAGAUUAACACUCUCAAACCCACUGCUGAUGGUCCUUCAUCUCCUCCUUCUAUACAUCCUUAUUGAAGUAAAUAGAUUGAAGAGUCCAUCAGGUUACUGGUACCUCUAAAACAGAGUAAGGGUCCAUGAGGACUGCUUUAGAAAACUCUGCAUUAGCUUGAUGCAUUAGCAUGUUGUUCACAAUCUGGCCUGUAAUGAAGAAGUUUAAAGAAGUUUAAAGCUACUGGAGAUGAGAUUCUGUGUAGCAGUUCUGUUAAUGAUUAAUAAUAAUAUUAACCCUCUGAUUCAUAGUGGUUACUACAGUAGCGGCCAUUUAAUAGCUGUUUUUUUACAAGCACAGGUUUCCAUGCUUCAAAUGUAUAUUGACCUCUACAGUGGACACUACAGUUUCAAUCAUUUCACUUCUACACUGAUUUGAUGUUUAUUAUUCAUACAGUUGAUUUAAGUUCAUAAUUUUUUUUUUUACUCCUCUAUAGUGCUGACAGUCUCCUCAUCAUAUUUGAUCAGAUGCACUUUAUUCU